CACGUCCACAGUACGAGAACCCAACCACAUCAGUCUAGAAAUUGAUCAAACUCCAGAAGCCUAGGAAAAUGACAACCCUCAACAUCACAAACCCCGACGAAUUCCUCACCCAUUUCAACGAAGCCCUCAACGCCGCCCCCUCGUCGCGCCUACGCCACAUCAUCCGCGACGUAUGCAGGCUUCUCCCGGUUGCUCUCCCGAUUGUCUCUGACUCCCUCCUUGUCACCGAGGAGGAGGUUCCCAAACAGCAUGACUCUGACUCUAACGCGGGGUCUGAUUCCGAAGAAAACGUAGACGGAGACACUUCAACGCCAGAUGAUGGGAUCCUGGAAGUCAAGGCCAAGCCUGCAACCCUCAAGACUGAGAAGCGGGCCAGGGCUGGGACCAGCGUCCGGCCGCGGUAUGCGGCGUGUGUUAACUGCGGUGUUGAGUACGACGUUACGAAGAACUCGCGGGGUAUUUGUUGCUUUCAUCCUGAGGAGGCUGUACAGGAUGAGAAGUACUGGGACCGUAUUGACCUCUGGGAAGAUGAGGAGAUUGACACGGAGGAGAAUCGGGAGGAUCAUCCCGAGGGGUUUGUGUAUGGGUGUUGUGGGAAGUGCUAUGGGGAGGAAGGGUGUAAGGUAGGGUGGCAUGAGGAGGAGGGGAGGGAUCGGAAGAGGAAGAGGAUUUGAUCUGCCUUCACUGAAAUAGAGGAUGUGCAGGUCCUGUAUAAGUUUGGACUUGAUUUUAGUAUUACUGAGAGGUUGAGAUGAUGG